CAUACAACACACACUGUACAAGGACAGGACACCAGCCUGUUAGACUUCCUCUGUGUGUGUGAUUGGAUGACGUCGGGCGGACAAUGAAAUCAGCCAGCUGACAAAAAACUUGGGCUGUGCAGAGUUUGUAUCCACCGAUCUGUGGAGAGGCAGCCAUCAACAUGAGAGCAUUGUCUGCCCUACUGACAGCACUGACAACAUUCACCGCCUACUAUGUGUACAGCCCGCUGCCCAGCACCUUGUCCAAGCCCUGGAAACUCAUGAUGAUGGAUGCCACCUUCCGAUGUGCCCAGCAUCUGAGCAACUUGGCACAUUAUGUUGGUCUUAGCCACCAUUUGCACGUCUUAAAUUUCGUUUCCAACUACUUUUAUCAACUGGAUCCUGUAUCGUCUGCACAUUUAAAAGUCACGGAUACCGUGUUUGAUGGCGUGGAGGUCAGAAUCUUUGACCCUGAUACAGAACCUGGUGGAACAUUAAAACGUGCUAUCAUUUACAUCCAUGGCGGAGGAUGGGCCCUUGGAAGUGCAAGUAUGUUGCCACCAGAUCCUUUAGGGUCCUAUGACACUCUGUGCCGGAGGAUUUCGGAAGAUGUGAAUGCCAUUGUUGUUUCUAUUGAAUACAGGCUGGUACCAAAUGUUCAUUUUCCAGAGCAACUGAAUGAUGUCUAUGUUGCCGCAAAAUAUUUUUUGCUGCCGGAGGUGCUUGCCAGGUACUCUGUUGACCCGGAAAGGAUUGCCAUAUCGGGAGAUAGUGCCGGGGGAAACCUAGCUGCUGCUGUGUGCCAACAGCUUACUGGAGAUACAACUCUUACCACCAAAGUGAAACUGCAAGCUUUAAUCUAUCCUGUUCUCCAAAUGCUGGAUUUCAACACUCCUUCUUAUCAACAAAACACAGACAUGCCAAUAGUGUCUCGAUUUGUGAUGAUUAAGUUCUGGCUUGACUACCUCAAUGGAAGCCAUGACUUCGCCCACGCAAUGCUGGUUAAUAAUCACACAUCUUUAGACAUAAGUGAUACUGUUGCACUACGUGAACGAUUGAAUUGGGAUUCAUUACUGCCACCAUCUUUCAAAAAGAACUACAAGCCUGUAUUUCAGACUGUGGGUAGUCCGAGUGUUAUACAUAAUGUACCUGCUUUACUUGACGUCAGAGCAUCUCCACUGAUUGCACAUAAGGAAGCACUCCAACGGCUUCCAAAGACCUAUGUCCUGACCUGUGAGCAUGAUGUCCUCAGGGACGAUGGAACCAUGUAUGCCAAAAGGCUGGAGGAAGCAGGAAUUGAUGUUACUCAUGACCAUUAUGAGGACGGCUUCCAUGGUUGCAUGCUGUUUUCUGCUUGGCCCACUUAUUUUUCAGCCGGUGCUAGAACAAGAGAUGGUUAUAUCAAAUGGCUCAGAGGGAAUCUUUAAUGAAGGUACCAAAUUAUUUGACUGCCAAUAGAGGUUAAAAACAUGUUAAAUGGUAAAUCCCCUAUAGUACUAAAUGGUUGUUGCCUUUAAGCAUUAAAAUGGCAAAGUACCACGGCAUUAUUUCUAACGUGCAAUAUGGUAUAUAUGCACUCCAACGCACAAAAACUAAACUGGAAAAUGUAAUCCCUAAAUGUAAUCACUAAAUUUGUCUCGUGACAUAGGCACAUUGUACAUC